UUGACUAGCAAAGAUCGAUAGAAUCCCCUCACUCGCUCUGCUCUCUGUAAACUUACCCUGAUUUCCCGGCGACUUACGAUGGAUUUGAGCGGCAAGAGCGCCGGAGCGGUGACACCUGUGAAAAACCGAUCAAAGAUUCCAUCUGAUCAGAAUUACAAUCCUAACGUCAAAAGUCCUAGUUUGAAAUCCCCGAAAUCGCCAGCGAUCAAAUCUGCUUCGAAGAUCCAGAAAUCGGCAUCCAAAGAUCGAAACCCGACCGCUUCACCAUCGCCAAGGAACCGGAUUCGCGAAAGGAAGUUCGUGGUGGCGAAGAGGAAUUUGAAGAAAGAUAAACAAAACCAGUCGACUGCCGAAUGCAAGUGCAAAGACAAAGUCGGUUCAAAUUCGCAGAAGUGUAUGUGUGUCGCUUACGAGAUUCUGAGAGCUUCUCAUGAAGAAUUCUUCAAGAAUCGGGGAAGCAUAGGUGGCCAACGCGAUUCAGAGAAGUUGAAGAAUUGCCAGGGAGCUGACAAUGGAGUCGACGCCUUCGAAAUUCCAAGUGGGUACGGAAUCAAACCAGGGGGAGUUGAUAAGAUGAACGGAGAAAAUGCCGGCAACCCAGAUGAGAUUGAUCGACAAGGUGAAAUGGGUAUUUCGAUGAUCAAGAGGAGGAGGGAAAGAUUCCUGGAAGAAGCGAGGCGAAGUGUGCCGGAAUCCGGGACUGGAAGAGUGAUGCAUUUGGUGAAGGCAUUCGAGAAGAUUCUCACAAUUCCAAACUCGAAGGAACCGGACCAGACGGAUCAUAAGAAUGAAUGCGAUGAAGAGAAGGGGAUGAAAUACCCAUUGCCGGGACUGCAACAUCCGGCGCCGGAAACACAGGUGUCUUCGUCUUCAUUCUGUCCGUCGGACAUUUUCCUGACAUCGGAGAGUUUGGGUUUGGAUUUGACUGCUUCAUCAUCUUCAUCAGAGAGCAGCCAUGGAAGUUUUACUAUUUCAAGAACUUCUGGUGGUCGUCACAGAAGCAGACGAAAAGGUUCUGAAUCAUUUGGUGAAAAUAGUUGGAAGAAGAGGCAGCUGAAAGCAACGAGCCAAAAACCCUUCAAGCUUCAGACAGAGCAAAGGGGAAGGUACAAGGAGGAAGAAUUCAUCAAGAAAGUGCAGCAAAUAAUGACAGAGGAGGAGAAGCAGCGGAUCCCAAUUGCUCAAGGUCUGCCAUGGACAACUGAUGAGCCAGAGUGCCUGGUAAAGCCUCCUGUUAAAGAAAGCACCAGGCCCAUCGAUGUGGUUCUGAACAGCGAUGUCAGAGCCGUGGAGCGAGCCGAGUUCGAGCAACAGGUAGCGGGGAAGAUGUGCCUUGUCGAACAGUACAGGGAGGAAAGGGAUAGGCAGCAGAAGUUGGAGGAAGAAGAGGAGAUCAAGAGGCUGAGAAAGGAGCUGGUUCCAAGAGCUCAACCAAUGCCCUAUUUUGACAGGCCUUUCAUCCCUAGAAGGUCACAGAAAAAUCCCACAGUACCAAGAGAGCCAAAGUUCCAAAUGCCCCAUCACAAGAAGAUCAAGAGUUGCAGAUCUUUGGGUGAUGCAUACAGCAGCAAUGAAAAUGGAGAAGAAAGCAAUUAAAAAGAGGAUUCUUUUCCUAUAUAUAUAUAUACACACACAUUUUUUGGGGCUCCUGAAUGGCCUGAUAAGGCAAGAAGCUGUCACCUAGUUUUCUCUUGUGAAUGAAACACCCUUUGUUUCUUGCUUGGAUAGCAAGGAGGGGAAAAAGAAGAGUAGAGUUUCUCUUCUAGUUUGGUUGAUAUUGAGCAACACUUUAAAGAAUUACUUUAUUAUUAACAUACCAAAGCAUCUAAAAAUAUUAAUAGACAAGUAGUUUAA